CCUCCGUUUCCUAUUCCUCUUCCCCUUUCCCUUCCGCCUGUACCCAGAUCGAAGUCACUCAGCAGAUAGCAGUCACAUCAUCAUGGAACCUCCCGCGCGCGCGCCUCUGCCCUACGGCAAUGCGUGUGCCACCUGUGCUCGGGCCAAGUGUCGCUGUGUUCCGCGGAGUGCUGGCGGCCGCUGCGAAAGGUGUCACCGCCUCAACAAAGAAUGCCGCGUGGCGCAGGGCCGACGCAAGACUCGACCGCUAUCAAAAGCCGUCCAACUGGAGCGGAAGAUGGAUGGGCUGAUGAUGCUGCUGACUUCCUCUGCCGGCCGGACCGGAUUGCCAGCGCCGACUCCCGUCCAAGCCUCCGCGCAGGAGGCGCUGGACAACCAGCCUGAGACCGGACCAGAUACUGUCACAGGGGACGACGACGAAGAAGACCCUGAAGCGGAGGAAGACGCGGCUUUGCAUGCGUUCCGCACUCAUCGCCUGCAGUUCCUGCCCCUGAUCCACCUCCCCGCCACCACCACGGCGCGGGAGCUGAAACAGCAGUCGCCGUUCCUCUGGCGUUGCAUCACUGCGGUGGAGAGUAAGCAUGCUGCCCGGCAAGCAGCCUUGUGUGUCACCAUCCGCGAGCUGGCCGGCAAGCGCCUGCUGGUCCACUGCGAGAAGUCCUUGGAUCUCUUGCAGGGCGUGCUGGUCUAUCUCGCUUGGGUCACGUUAUACAGCCAGCCGCAAAAGUCCUCGCUCUGUAUUUAUGCCCAGAUGGCCAUCGGGUUGGUCUUCGAGCUAGGCCUCAACAAGCCCGCCCCGCGCGACCUCAGCAUGACCGUCUCCAACAGCAAUGCCGUCGGCCACAUGCCGGGUCUAAAAGCCUCAAUCUCGACCCUGCGCACGAUGAACGAGCGCCGCGCGGUCUUAGGCUGCUACGUACUCACGUCCAUAAUCGCGCAAUUCCUAGGCCGAAUGGAUCCGCUGCGCUGGACCUCGCACAUGAAGGAAUGCCUCGACAUACUCGCGCACAGCGAAGAGAUCCCAGGGGACGGGGUGCUGGUCCAGAUGACGCGCACGCGGCUCCUGGCGGACCAGAUCCUGCAAGGCCCGUGGAGCGAGGGGGUGUACGGGCUCAGUCCGGCGCAGGCGCUGGCGGCUUUUCACCUCAAGGCAUUCGAGUCGCGUGUGGAGACGAUAAGAGCCGAGCUACCCAUGCACCUGGCCGAAAACAAACUCAUCCUCUUCAACCUCUACGACACAGAAAUCAGCCUCUACGAGGUAGCACUGGUGAAAGCACCAGCAGACGAGGGGAUGAACAGCCAGCGGCUGGGCCAUUUGUACGCGUGCCUGCACGUGGUAAAACAGUUUCUUGACCUGUUCUUCACGAUCGCGCCGGCCGACUACACCUCGCUGGCGCUACCGUACCUGACACAGGUGUCGCACUGCCUGGUCACGUUGUUCCGGCUGUCGACGCUGGAAUACCCGGGCUGGGACAAGGCCGCGGUGCGAAGCAGUGUCGACCUGCUGGUCAUCGCGGAGCAGAUCGCCACGCGCAUGGGACAGGUGGCUGCCGCGGUGUGCAUGCGCAGCGAGCGCUCCAACGGCGACCCCUUCAGCAAGCUCGGCAUGAUGAUGCAGAAGCUGCGCGGCGAGUGGGCUGUCCGUCUGCCCGAGUGUCCUGGUGCCGUGGUCGAUCGCGCUACCGGUGAGCCGUUCUCCUCCGGCUUGGACCUUGGCGAUCUCGAUAGCUUUCUCAGCUGGUCUGAGAUGGCGUGGUUGACGGAUGGGAAUGGGUCCGGCGAGUUCGCGGGGUCGUGGUCGUAAUUACGUCUUAUGGCUGUGCCCACUGCAAUCUUAUUACCCAGAAGAAUAGGCAUUCCGGGG